AUGGAAAGUCUUGUACCAAAAGGAAUUCCAGAUAGCGCCGUUAAAAAUUCAACAUCUACUACAAAAGUUGUCGACGGACACAAAAUCACAGUAAACGAUACGAUUUACGAAAACGAAAAGAACGGAGCCGUUUACAGAUUUCAAGUUGUUGAAAUUUUACCUGCUGACAGUCAGGAAACCGGAGAAAAAGGAUCCGAUGAUGAAAAACCAGACAAAUCAUCAUCAUCAUCGUCGUCGGAAGAAAAAGAUGUUCAAACUGUGACGAAAUCGACUGAAGACUUGGAUGUCAAAAUAAAUACAACGGAAGAUGGGGAAGAAGGCGUUGUUAAACCUGAUCAAAAUUCUCACGAUAACGAAAUACGCAGAGAAGAGGUGAGCUCACCUGAAAACAGAGAUGUUCUGUUAGCCUGA